AUGUUUCCCGGCUCCUUGAAGUUGUUUCAGCGGAGCACAGAGGCAAACUACAGGAUAGAAAUUGCCCGUCACUACAUCAUCAACGUUCGUCAGCUUUGGAUGUUCCUGAGACAUGCAGCCCAUUUGUCGGACCAUGUGCGGGGCGUCACGCUGGACGGUUUGGAAAAGGCCUGCGCUGCCAUCAACAGCCUGGCUUGCUCACUGCGAACUCAAGAGCAGCACGAGGCCUCUCGUAAUUUUGCGCAGCGACAAAGUAACAGACUCAUGAAUCCACAGUGUAGUCAGAGUGUAGUUCGUGUUCGUGUAGUUGCCGGGGCACUUCAACACCUUUGGGUGAAUUCCAGCGGCCGACCAAAACCCGUGACGUGUACUGUGGAUUUUUUCUGCGCAGGCGUUCAAUACAAACGGUUAUCAGAGUGGAUCUUCCCGCCGUAG